CCCCUCCCCCCGCGGGCCCCUCUCCCCGUGCCCGUGCCCGUGCCCCGCGCUGACCGCGGCCCGCCCGCCCGCCCGCAGCCGCCAUGACGCACUUCGGCUUCGAGAGCGACCUGCACACGCUGCUGCGCCUGGACGCGCCGAUCCCCAACGCGCCGCCGGCCCGCUGGCAGCGCAAGGCCCGCGACGGCCCCGCGCCGGCCGGCCCCGCGCCCGCCGCCCCCGGGCCCGCCACGCUGUCGCCCAUGAAGCCCAGCAACCGCGCGCACGGCGCCGGCAGGACCCCCGGCAGGACCCCAGGUAAAUCCGCGUCCAAGACGCAGAGCACCCCGGGCAAGGCUGGCGGGGACCGCUACAUCCCCCACCGCAGCGCCAUGCAGAUGGAGGUGGCCAACUUCCUCCUGACCAAGGAGAACGACGACGCCGAGGACACUCCCACCAAGAAGGAGCAGCAGAAGACCUGGGCAGUGAAUCUGAACGGGUUCGAUGUGGAAGAGGCAAAGAUCCUCCGCCUGAGCGGGAAGCCUCAGAAUGCCCCAGAAGGCUACCAGAAUAACCUGAAAGUGCUCUACAGCCAGAAAGCAACACCUGGCUCUAGCAGGAAGAAUGGCAGAUACAUUCCCUCCAUGCCGGACCGGAUCCUGGAUGCACCAGAGAUCCGCAACGACUACUAUCUGAACCUCAUUGACUGGAGCUCCCAGAACUUCCUGGCUGUGGCUCUGGACAACUCUGUGUACCUCUGGAAUUAUGCCUCUGGGGAGAUCAUCCAGCUGCUUCAGAUGGAGAAUCCCGAUGAUUACGUCUCUGCUGUGUCCUGGAUCAAAGAAGGAAACUACCUGGCCAUUGGCACAAGCAAUGCUGAGGUCCAGCUGUGGGACAUACAGCAGCAGAAGCGGCUCCGCAACAUGACCAGCCAUUCCUCCCGCGUAGGCUCGCUGAGCUGGAACAGCUACAUCCUCUCCAGUGGGGCGAGGACUGGGCACAUCCAUCACCAUGACGUCCGGGUGGCCGAGCACCACGUGGCCACGCUCGCCGGCCACACGCAAGAGGUGUGUGGGCUCAAGUGGUCACUGGAUGGCCGGUACCUAGCCAGCGGGGGCAAUGACAACCUUGUGAACAUCUGGCCUUGCACCCAAGGUGACAGCGGGGACUUUGCUCCAGUACAGACCUUCACGCAGCACCAGGGUGCUGUCAAGGCGGUGGCCUGGUGCCCCUGGCAGUCCAACGUCCUGGCCACUGGAGGCGGCACCAGCGACCGGCACAUCCGCAUUUGGAACGUGUGCUCAGGCACCUGUCUCAACACGGUCGAUGCCCAUUCCCAGGUCUGCGCCAUCCUGUGGUCGACUAACUACAAGGAGUUCAUAUCUGGCCACGGCUUUGCCCAGAACCAGCUGGUGGUGUGGAAAUACCCUACCAUGGCCAAGGUCACGGAGCUAAAAGAGCGUGGAAUCAGUGACCAAGGUGUAAAGGAGUUGGGCUCCAGGCAGCAACCAGUAAAGCCUAGGAACUAUGCCUAGAUCAUCCCCAACCACUGGUUGCCAACCUCUUGAACACCAAGUGCACAAGUCCCCUGGGAGUCUUCCCCUGCCUCUGCUCUCAAGGGGAAGUGUUUCUUGACGUUCACUCUAAGCCUACUUUGCUGCUUCAAGCCAUUGGUCUAUGCCCUCCUGCAGCGAGAGAGAGAAGGGGUUUUCAGUCCUCUGGCAGCCCUUCAAGUAUUUGAACACUUGUCAUGGCCCCUUGUCAGUGCCUUUCCCAGAAGCUGAGUGCGCCCAGCUCCCACGGCUUCUCCUCGUCUGACUUUUUUUUUUUUUUAAAUGUCCACUCCACUGCAUAGUUACUUGGUCAAAGGGGGAGAUCGGGCUCGUUUUUCAUAAAUUCCUGCUGGGGGCUUGUGAUCAGCCCUUUGUCCUCCAGGUUCUUGUGAAUGGCCUUCCUUAGGAUCUUCUCCAGUAACCCCCAGGUACUGAGGUGAGGUGAGGCUAACUGGCCUAUAGGUCCCCAGCUCCUUCUCCAUUUUAAAGAGGGCUGCAAAUGGGCCAGGUACCAGAGGACAGGAAAAGGUCCAUCUCCCGUGACUUCCUGUACACCAUUGCCAAGGGCCCCAAGAUCUCCACCAGUUCCUUCAGGCCCUGACUUGAACUCUUUCAGAACCACCAAGCUUGUCCCCUUCCUCACCCAAAUCAUCCUUGGUAGAUGGCUGGCUGCAGCUUGAUGUUUUUGUGACGAUCGAGGCAAAGUAGCUGCUGUUAACAGAGGAACCACAGCUUCCUCCUCCUUUUCUGGCUGACUUGCAUUCAGGCUAGAUGCUCCUCUUGUCUUUAUCAUUCCUCACAUGGCACAGCUCAUUCCUUAGCUUUGCCUUCCUGACUCCUGCAGGUUCUCACUAUUUCCUGGUGUGUGUCCCUGGUGCCCUGCCCAUUCUGCCACUGCCUAGUACUUUCCUUUUGCACUCGAGGCAUCCUCAGAGCUGUGUGUGCAGCCACAUUGGUCUCUUGCCAUUCUUGUGCAGUUCUUCCACUGCACCUGAGUCAGGGGCAGCAGCUAGCAAGUGCCCUGCUGCAGUGGGCUCCCACCCCUGUGAGGUGAGGGCUGCAUGGGGCUGCUGCUUGGCUCUGCUGGGGUAGGGCCCCAGGCAGGAUUGAUGUUGUGCACAUGGCACCAUGGUGCUUUUCUCUUGGCUGCUCCAGCCCUGGACUCUGCGCAAGGCUGGAUGCCAGGCCCCACU